UGGGGUUCAUUUUUAGAUUAAACCUUAGGGUGAGCAGUCGUUUUCUGGUGUGAGUUUGGGGCGAGUUUCCGCAGUCGAUCAAAGUUCAAAGUUCAAGAUGACAACAAACACCAAGGAUGGCAUUACCAUACGCCCCAUGACUGAGGAUGACCUGGACACGGUGUCUGAUUUCGUGGUUAAUAACUUUUUGGUCGAUGAACCUUUAACCGGCACUAUUGAUUGGACUAAAUAUCCCACGGUGAAAGAUAAGAUGGAUGAGAAGCAUCGAGCAAUGAGACAGCAGGGUCUUUCUCUGACGGCCGUCGAUGAUAAUAAGAAUGGAGAAAUUGUGGGCUUCUGUUUGGCGGUAUCCCAGACCCAGGAAGAUUUAGAGUCAAAACUUCCCGUCAUUGAGAGAUCACCCCCAGAAAUUGCUGCCAUUUUGAAAUUGGGUGAUUACAUGCAAAGGAAAGUCGAUAUAUUUAAACUUUACGGUGUUGAUAAGGUUCUAUACUCUCAUAUGACUUUCGUGAAACCGGGAAUGCGAGGCAAACAAGUUGGAAGCCGGUUGGCCCAAACUCUGAUUCAACUUGGCCGUACCCAGGGCUUUAAAGUGAUGACUGCCAUGUGUUCGAGCUUCUUCUCCGGAAAUCAAAAGGAGGCCCUUGGAAUGAAGAUCGUCUUCCAACAACCCUAUGCGGAGUACAAAGAUGAUGAGGGAAAAGUGAUAUUUUCCCCACCUGCCCCACACACCAGAGCCCGAAUGUUGGCGAUGGAACUGUGAUAAUAAUAAACUUCAUAUUCUUUUAAGGAAAGAUUGCAUUAUUAUAAAACAAUACAAUUUUUUGAGCUUGUUGAAAUGCAAUAAAUUCUUAAAAGCAAUAA